AUGAUACUCAAUAUAUGGUGCACCCUGCAACUCAAUCAAGUACCAGCAGCUGGAUUAAUUCGAAGUUGCACUACUUAUCCUCGCCCUACAGCCCUUCCUUCCCCUCCUGCCACCCUUCCCACGGCAACUAUUCGCAGAAAAGUGGGUGACGAUUUUGACGCUCUUGGCAAGAAAGUUACAAUCAUGUUUAUCGACCCGCUCGAUUCAGCACUAGUGGACAGUUCUGAACCAGCAAUCAAGGACCUCCCCGGUAGCGAAGGGGUGCAACCAUCUAUGCCAUCACACACGCCUUCCUUCUGGGUGUGGUUUUCCUUCAGCAUAUUCUGCAAUGCGCUAUGUUUUGGGCUGAAUGCUAUAUUCAGCACCGUCAGUGUUAUUGAACGACAUAGAGCUUUCAAGAACUCCUUCUAUACGAUUGUCCUUGUGUUCUCGAUAAGUGUGGUAGUGAGCAGCAGUUGCGAGCUUAUCUACACACUUGUGGCCGGACUCGCUGGUGUCAAAUCUGAAGGAUUCAGCGCCUUCUCAGUUAUGGUGGAUCUGUCCAUUUCAUAUUUCUCGGCACUACUCAUAUUCUUCAUUGGUUUAAAUCGCUUUGCUGCCUUCUCUUUACCACAUAUCUAUAAUUGUAUAGUGAAAAGAAGGAAUCUUUGUUGUAUCCUCUUUGGGCUGAUGCUGUUCUCCGUAGCGACCGCGACUGUCAUGCACAUCAUCGGAGGACUGCAAAGAACAUUCACCAAGCACAAAAUGGUUGAUUACGCCACUAGCCCUCUCGUGGUGUCUAACUACAUACUGUACACGCUUCCGCUGAUCUCGUCUGUGUUCUACCUCUUCGCAUACAAAUCACUACGAUCUCAAAGAGGCGUUGCAAUCAGCGGAACCACAAAAUCUCUGCUGAAUAAAGCUGAGAGAUGCAAUCUGAAACAGGGCAUAUGGAUUCUCGUUGUCUACCUUAUUUCUUUCACCAUCCAUGUGCUAAUGCGGUUGCCAAUGUCAGAUGCUACUUCGUUAAUGGUGAUUUCUUCACUGGGAGUUAUCUCGUCAGCAGCUCCACAGUUCGCACUUCCACUUUCAGUAUUCCUCUGUUCAAAAGAAGCUCGGGAUACCACAGUGCAUAUGUCUCGCCAGAAUGUUGAAUGUCGAGUUUUUUCGAAUACGAAAUCAUGA